AUGGCGACCACGGCGGCGUCCGAUUCCGGACGCCUCAGGACUGAAAUCGGCAAAUCCAGGGCACAUCUGAUCAAGGCAACUGAAAAUCUUGAUGGCAUCCUGUCCAAGGUUCCACCCAAUCUCGAUAUUCCGCUGGAGGAACUAAAUGCUUUCCGCCACAGCGUUGCUACCGCUGAUGACCGCUUACUCCAGCACUACACCUCUCUAAUGGAGCUAGAGUCAGAAUGGAAGAAGUUAGCAGAAAAGAUCCCAGCUGAAGUCCAAGAACGUUCCAUCUACUAUCGCAAAUUUGGUCCGUUAAAUAAACCGCUCAACGCUGCAGCAACCACACACAAGCAUGCGCAACGAGUCUGCGCCGAAUUGGACAGAGCAAUAGAUGCAGCUACCGACCAUGCCGUCGACAUGCCCAUCCGUCCACUAACUCCAAUUAAACCUGGCACUCAAACGGAUUACGACUCAAGUUUGAGCGAAGCAGACCCGUUCUCACAAUUACAAAUCGCGUCUCCAAAACCAGCUACGCCAGCUGUGCAAGGCCCACCAACAGUACCUGAGAUAGCCAAGCCAAUCCCGGUUCAAAUUACGAAAGAACUCAACGCCAAUGUCCAAGCCAGUCCAGCAUUGCCAGUUCCCGCCAGAAGUCAGAACGAAUUGCCCCUUCCUUCCGGUCCCUCAAUUACAGCAAAUCGCUUGGAACAGGUAGGCCAGGUUAACGCACCAUUUUAUCAAACUGCUAUGUCUCUCCAACUUCCUCAAUUCACCCUUCCUCGAUAUUCGGGCUCAUCUUCAUUUCACGAGUGGUUUUCAUUAUUUUCCGAGCUUGUCGAUAAAGCCCCAAUCGCAGACGUAUUAAAAAUGUCACAUUUAGUAA